GGACGAUAUUUCAAGGUUGAGCAGAGGAAAAGCAACCUCCUGAACGAGCUCAGAGCUGGAACCGUCACUUUCCUGACAAUCGCCUACAUCCUGUCUGUCAACUCCAACAUUGUUGCCGAGACUGGCGGCACUUGCUCAUCAAAUGACUGCACGGUGACAGCCGUCUUAAUGCCCUCUGAAUUUUUAAAGCCGCCUUACACAUACAUUCAGAUGCAGGAAGCCCUCAGUGGGCCUCUGAAGGGGCAAUUCCAGUGCCGAUUUGAUGGUCCAGAUGGCACCAACCCAGGCUACAAGGCAUGCACGGACGAGGUGCGGAAGAAUUUGGUCACGGCGACGGCAGCUUCCAGCCUCAUUGCCUGCGCCAUCAUGGGUUUUGCCGCCAACAUGCCUCUCGCGCUAGCUCCUGGCAUGGGCCUGAAUGCUUACUUCACCUACAACGUCGUUGGCUACUAUGGUACCGGCAAUGUGACUUACCAGGAGGCGCUAGCGGCCAUCUUCAUCGAGGGCUGGAUCUUCAUCAUCCUGUCUCUCACGGGCGUCCGCCAGGGCCUCAUCAGGCACGACCCUUCCCCACUGGCACGGCUCUGCUCGCAUGCAUGCAGGAUGCUGCCGGAGACAUUGGCGCGCGCGAUGAGCGCUGGGAUCGGCCUGUUCCUGGCGUUCAUCGGCUACCAGGCAUCCGAGGGCAUCGGCGUGGUCGGGGGCAACGGAGCCACCCUCGUCAGCCUCGGCGGCUGCAACGUGGACGACCGAAUCUACCCCUAUUACAUCGCGGACCCUUCUUCGGUGUGCACCCCCGCCGAUCCGGGGGGUCCGAUCCCCAACCUGCCCCCCGCCGGUACAUCCUAUGAGUGCCUCACCAACAAGAUGCAUUCAGCGCCCAUGUGGCUUGGCCUGGGCGGCCUUGCAAUAAUGACCAUUCUUAUGGCGCGGAAUGUGAAGGCUGCGAUCAUCGUUGGCAUCAGCGUGACCACCAUCAUCGCCUGGCUGCCGGGGCAAGGCUCCUCCUACCUCGGCCACACCUCCAACAUCCCCGGCGGGAUUGGGGGAACGGGGCCUGCCCGCUGGGCUUACUUCAAAAAGGUGGUGGCAGUUCCCAGCCUGUCAAAGACCGGCGCAGUGCUCAGCUUCAGCAAUUUCAACAGCGGCAGCCUCUGGAUCGCGCUGAUAACAUUCCUAUACGUGGAUUUCUUUGAUGCAACCGGCACGCUCUUCGCCAUGGCCAACUUUCUGAACAACUUCAUCCCCGGGUUUGUGGAUGACAAGCACAAUUUCCCUGGCAGCAUUGCUGCUUACUGCAGCGACGGCGCCGGCAUUGUCAUCGGCUCGCUCAUGGGCUCAUCACCUCUCACUGUCUUUGUGGAAUCUGCCACGGGCAUCCGCAGCGGCGGCCGCACGGGGCUGACGGCGCUCAUGGUUUCCUUCUGGUUCUUUGUCGCCCUCUGGUUCACCCCUAUCAUUGCCAGCAUCCCGGUGUACUGUACUGGUCCGGCGCUGAUUCUGACGGGGGCGCUCAUGAUGGUAAACAUCACAAUGAUCGACUGGAACGAUGUCAACAAGGCAGUGCCAGCCUUUAUCACUAUCUCAAUCAUGCCACUCACCUACUCCAUUGCCUACGGUGAGCUUUCUAGUCCAAUCUUCAUUAAGAUUGACAGAGUUUUAUUGUGA